GGGGACCUGCCCAUCCAGUCAGGUGACAUGCUGAUUGUUGAAGAAGACCAAACCAGACCAAAAGCUUCACCUGCAUUUUCAAAAUAUGGUGCUCCUAGUUAUGUCAGGGAAACUUUGCCUGUGCUUACCAGAACCGCAGUCCCGGCAGACAACUCCUGCCUCUUUACCAGUGUGUACUAUGUCGUUGAAGGAGGAGUCUUGAAUCCAGCCUGUGCCCCUGACAUGAGACGUCUCAUAGCACAGAUUGUAGCAAGUGACCCAGACUUCUAUAGUGAGGCAAUACUGGGGAAAACAAAUGAAGAGUACUGUGAAUGGAUCAAAAGGGAUGAUACUUGGGGAGGAGCAAUUGAGAUAUCAAUUUUGUCUAAAUUCUAUCAAUGUGAAAUAUGUGUGGUAGAUACCCAGACAGUUAGAAUUGACCGUUUUGGGGAAGAUGCAGGAUAUACCAAAAGGGUUCUGCUCAUCUACGACGGUAUCCACUAUGAUCCUCUUCAGCGGAACUUCUCUGAUCCAGAUACUCCUCCUCUGACCAUUUUCUCCUCAAAUGAUGAUAUUGUUCUUGUACAAGCACUGGAGUUAGCGGAAGAAGCUAAAAGAAAGAGACAGUUUACUGAUGUAAACCGCUUCACCCUAAGAUGCAUGGUGUGUCAGAAGGGGUUAACUGGACAAGCGGAAGCAAGGGAACAUGCCAAGGAGACAGGCCACACCAACUUUGGAGAGGUGUGAUCUGUUCGUAAGAGUUGGAGCCUACUACCUCACAGAUCCAGAAGGCUCUGGGUUUCCCAAUAAGCUAUUCAUAACCCUACAGAAUAGAAGAACACAAUGCUUGGACCAUCCUUUUAACUUAAACCAGUAUGACUGACCCUGAAAUUCCUUGUUAAGAUUAAAAUUAGUGUGCAAGUUUACAGGUGUGUGUCUACGCUAGUGGCAUGCCCUCUUUCUACUAGGGUGACGGAAUAGGUGGCUUGGGUCACUUCUGAUGCUAACCUGAAGACUGGAUUCUAUUAUAAACCAGCACCCAUCGGCUCUUUAACUUACAGAAGAAAACAUCAUAUUUUAGGUAAUGAGGAAAGCCUUGCAGAGGUUCACUGGACAUAUACUUCGGUGUCUCCAGUAGUUGAUUCCUUUUAAUAACUUUGAAUGAGUUAGUAGUUUCUAAAUUCUGAAUUGAUUCAUCAGAUGAAGAUACUCAGAAUUGUCAAAACUUUUUAUAUUGCAAUUUGGUAGACUUUAUAAGUGUAUCUAACAACUUCUAAAUGCAUAAAAAGCAAUUUUACAGGGAUGUGUGUAUUCCUUGAGAAUGUUAUCCAAAACAGGAAUGGGGUCCUGUUGGAGAUUUUCUAGUGUAUAAAGUAGAAUGUAUAAGGGGGAAAGGUGCCUGAAGCAGCUUACUGAAGCUUUAAAAGACUGUUGGCCUCAUGUUUUAAUGCAAUUCAUGUGUUGGUAUUUGUCACAUUAGAUUUUUUUUAAUGAAGCAGGGUAUGCCUUCUUAAUUGCUAAUUUAGUUUAAAAUUCAAAGUAUCUUCAAAUUUGAGUGGUUUUGUUUUGUUUUGAUGUUUUUCUUUUGCUGUUUUACAUUAAAUCUGUCUUGAGGGAUUUCAUUCCCUCAGUUGUCCUGCUGAAAGCACUUCUUCCAAACAAGUCUUCCUCAAAGGUGUCAAUUGAUUUCGUAAAUGUGUUUUUCAUAGAUAACAGUGUUCAUAGCUCCACUUUGAUCUGCAAGUUAGUACUUUGUUUACCUGUGAUCUUUGACUUUCAGUUUUUAAAUAAUUGAUUGGGUUUGUUUCACUUCUAAAAUAUAAAGUUUUAAAAUCCUUGCCUUAUACAGCUCUCUCAGAAUCCUGCUACCUAGUAUCAGAUAUGUAGCCAUUUGCUUGAUGGAUUAAUCCUCAAGACACACCCACUCAAAACUUAACUUCACUAUACAAUCUUCCAGGUAAAGUUUUCUACCUCUUAAUUCUUCUAAAGAUCAGGGAUCUUUAAGUUGCAGUUUGUGUACUCUGUCAUACAAUGUAAAGAGGCAUACUGUUGUGAAGUUUUGUCAUCUCAAUCUCAGAUUUACUGUUUAGCUCAGGCAACCAUCGGUGCACUUUAAAGCACUUACAUCUUUUCCCGUGUAUCUUAGUAAAUGUUAUCAAAUUAAGGUCAACCCUUGGCCUUUUACUUGGUAGUGGUAACGAUGUAAAAUCAAGGAAUAUUAAAGUGAACAAUUUAGAAAGUUCCUUUAAAGAACAAUUGAAGGAUUCACAAAGUAUGCUUCACUCAUCAGGUGACAUUCUUUCUUGAUUUGAGACAAGGUCUCCCUAUGUGUUUCUGGCUGGCCUGGAAUUUACUAUAUAGACCAGGCUCUUCAAACUUGAAGUGGUCCUUCUGCCUCAGCCUCCUGAGUGUUGAGAUUACAAAGGAGGGGCCGCCACACCUGACCGGAUGACUUUCUUGAAAACCUUUAUGCACAUAGCCAGUCAGGCAAUAGCAAUUAUUAUAGUCAUAUAAAUUGAAAAUACUUAAUUUUUGUGUUCCUUUUUUGUUUGUUUGUUUUGUUUUAUUUCUUUAACUGAGCCUUAAAUAUAGCACCAGUGAAGUUAGAACACUGAACAUUUGGCAUUUGUGACAUGUGUAAAUGACUCACAAAAGUCUCUUUGGUCCAGAUGAUUUUUUUUAUCUCUUUUAUUUCCUCUAUAAAAUAAUUUAAUUUAAAACUGUACAUUAAAAAUAUAAUACUGGGUGACAUCCAUUAAUCGAGUUGUGUGCAUCAUAUUUAUAAAGUCUGCCUUCCUAUACCACUUGAGCAUCCAAAUUCAAUGUUUCUAAAAUUUUGGAUCCAGAAGUUUGUUCAUGUAACAAUUAUUUAUUAACUUAUAAUGUGUAGGGCAUGUUCUAUUUUUUGAAGAUAAAUUCCUGUCACUUUAAAUUUGAGUCUGCAUUAUCUACAGAGGAUUAGUUUAGUAAAUGUAAAGAAAUAGAAUGAGUGCUGAUGUCUUAAAAUUCAAAGCCUUCAUUCCAAGUGUUUGUUUAGUAUUUAUUUAGGGAGUUUUUUUUAUCCUAUUUAUCUUACACCUGGUUUGUCCAGUUGCCAGGUAGACACUGAUAGUCAAAUGGCUUUAAAAAAAGGCUUUUUAAUUAUUUGCUGACUUGAAAACUGGCUUUAGAGUAGUGUUCUAGUUUAGAACAUUCAAGGUGAAGCAUUAUAUGCAAAUUAUUUAAUUAUUUAUGUUCCUUCUAAAUACAAACUGGUAAGCCUCAUAAAAUUUAAAGGGUUUUGUUGUUAUUAUUGUUGUUGUUUUAUAUUUUUUGCCUGUGCUUAUUAAGCUCUUGAAAUUAUUUAUUAAUGAGUAAACUCAUGAGAAUUUUGAAAAAUCUGUAAAUUUAGUUGCAUCGUAACUAAAAGAAAUUUUUUCCUAAUGAUACACUUUCUUUUGUUCAGUUUUUGCCUGUCCUACAAGAAUUUCUUUUUUAAUUGAAAUGAGACCGUUUACAUUAGUGUGUUAGAAUAUUAGAUGUAGAAUAAAAAUUAUACUUUUACCCCACUACCCCAGUCUUCCCUCAGUCUUCUUUGGAUUAAAGAUUCAGCCUGUUUUUAUGAAGAUACCCUCCCUAGUUAUGGUAUUAGUCCAAAUUAAUGUCCCUGGGAAUUUUGUGAUAGGACAGCCAUAUGAAGAUAUCCGGGAUGUAACCACAUCUUUUAAAAGCUAGUGAUUCAUGGUUGAUUUCUUAAUUGUUCUUUGUGAAUGAGAAAUGAACACAAUCAAAUGGUUACUGGUCAGCCUAACCCUUUUGUUAGGAACUAAUGCCAUUUGAAUAUUCUAUGAAGUCCCAAGUCCCAGAAAAUCAGAAUCCAAAAGUAACAUUACUUCCCUACCUAUAUUUCCCUCUAACUGCUUUUGCCUAACUUGCUUGUCUAUCUAGCUUCCUCCCUUCAAACUGUCCUAGUUGAAUUUUCUGUCCAUUUGGAAAAUGUACAGAAGGAUGUGUAUGAAAUUAAGCAACAAUGAUCCAUAUACACACAAGCAUGUUAUAUAUUAAAAAUCAGGUGGCCUUCUUAAAUUUACAUAUACUAAGAAUUACAUGUUUUCCUGUGUUGAAACAUUAUUUUUGUAGCACUUUAAAAAUUGGAAAAUAAAAGUUUACAUAGCCCUCUACAGAUCUUGAGGACAGGAAAGAUACAACCUUCAGCAUCAGUGUUUUCUGUAUCUUCUGAUAAAGUCUAAUUUCAGUCACUAUUAGGAGCUUGGUCUGUGCCCUAACAUAAGAAAUGUUAUUUUUGUAAUGUGAUUCUUAUCACUUGUUUUACAGUAUUCAGAUUUUGUUUACAGCACAGAGUUUUUAAAAGAAAGAGUAGAUUCAUCAACCCUUUCAUUCAUUUGUAAGUAAGCUUAUUUUAGGGAAAUUGGUUUUUGAGUAAGAUAUGCAAGCAGUAUUUGUGAACCUAAAGGAAUACUUGAUUUGAAUAAACUAGCUUGUUUCUCAUGGUGAUAGACAUCAAACCAGGGCUUUGUGCUUGCUAGGUAAGUGCUCACUGAUCAACAUCCCCAGCCCCAGGGUGUUUUCUUAAUAACCAAUGUAAUAUGUCAGCACAUCCAACUCAAUGAAUGUAAGACUUCCUUGAUUGUGGUAGGUCUUUUUUCUUCAAAAAUUAGUAUUUGUUUACAGUGCUUUGAAUAUUUCACUUGGAAAACAAAGUAUUUAUGUUGAUACUGAAUUAUGGAGUGUUUACAUCUUAAUUUAGUAGGAAAAAGUACUACUAAAAAGGCAUGAAUGUAAGCAUUUUGCCUGGCAUGCUUUUUUACUUCUGAUUUUAAGUACAUUAACCUGUAUGUAGGAAUUUAAGUAUAGUGAAGGUAUGCUUUGGUUAAGUUACAGGUAAAGAGGUUGAGAAUUUCUACUGAGGUGAUAUGUCUUGGCACCAGAACUGGUUCAGAAUGUUUAGUUAAGUAUAAUUCCCCCUAAGUUACUUAAAGGACAAGGGUUUCCAGUUCAUAUUUUGUGCCAUUCAGGACUCCAGGUGUCACAGAAAAUAUGUUUAUAACAAAUUAAUUUUUCCUUUAAGAAUGCCUAAUAAGUACAUAUAGCUUGUCAAAAGGAUAAGGACUGAGAAAUAGUCUAUAAAGGCUGUAUUAACACAGUAGAGCAGAGCUCCUUAAAUAAAAAACAGCCAUGAAUCCUGAAAUGCAGAGCUCUAGAACAUAAUUGCAAAGGUAUUAAAUGGAGCCAAACAGAUAAAAGAGUUGUUUUCUUAGCAUAAGAAAAUGUGUUCUUAGUGAAGAUGGACAGUAUUGCUUUCUGAAUGUUCCCUUGGCUGUUUCCCAGCAAGUUUUCAAAGUUCAUGCACUGCUGCUACCUGGAAGAUGUCUAACUUCAUUUUACACAAUUCAUGAUUUUGCCUUUGUUACUAAGAUGCAUUAAUUUUAUUUAUGACGUGAUUUUUCAAUAUCUAAAUGUAUGAAGUGACUUGUUUUAAAGGAAUAAAUAAAGUGAAAACAUU